ACCUCCGGCCCUGCCGCCGCUGUGACCAAGGGUUCUCCCCUCUAUCAAGCGAAAAAUCGCGAGAACGGGUUGCUCGAAAGGACGAUAAAAUUCGGUCUGUCGACACGGGCAAAGGCCACAAGAAGAAACCCUGGACGGGAUGGAUGCCGUCGACGACGAUAACUCCCUGCAGUUCGACACUCCGUCGUCUAUUUACAGCUACCUGGGGCGGAACCUCGACGGGCUGAGCCUGAAGAGUCACUCGUCCGCCUCCGCUUUCAGCGAUUGCAACAGCGACCGGUCCAGCGAGUUCUCGCAGAGUUCCGGCAGCCGGAACCUUCUUAUCGCGGCCUGCACAUCGGACCGCCCUGAUGACGAUGACGCGAUUGCCCAGCUGGUCCUGGACCUGGAGUCGACAUCGCUCGAGACGCAGCGGAACGCGGCCAUGGAGAUCCGGCUCUUGGCGAAGAACAAGACCGAGAAUCGGAUUCGGAUAGCGGACGCCGGAGGGAUCCCUCCGCUCGUGGUGUUGGCGCAGUCGCCGGACGCGCAGAUCCAGGAGCUAGGCGUCACCGCGCUGCUCAACCUCUCGCUGUGUGAUGAGAACAAGGACAGAAUCGUGGGCUCCGGUGCCGUCCGUGCUCUCGUCCGGGCGCUGAAGACGGGGACGGCUGCGACGAGGGAGAACGCAGCGUGCGCGAUCCUCCGACUCUCUUAUCAGGACGACAUCAAGGCCGCGUUCGGUCGCGCCGGAGCGAUUCCGCCUCUGGUCAGUUUGCUCGAGAACGGGACUCUUCGCGGAAAGAAGGACGCCGCGGGCGCGCUCUACGCGAUAACGACGAUGAAGGAGAACAAGCUCAGGGCAGUCGAAGCAGGGGUUAUGCGGUCGCUGGUGGAUCUGAUGUCGGACUUCGAGUACGGCAUGGUGGAUAAAGCCGCGCUUGUGACGCAGAACCUUGUAUCCUUACCGCAAGCGAGGACCGCGCUAGUGGAGGAGGGCGGCAUCCCGGUGGUGGUGGAGGCGGUAGAGGUCGGGACACAGAGGCAGAAGGAGUUCGCCGCGGGGAUUCUGCUUGCCCUCAGCGAGGGCAGCCUUCAGCAUCGGCUCAUGAUAGCUAGGGAAGGGGCCAUCCCUCCGCUCAUCGCGCUUACGCAGUCCGGAACCACUCGAUCCAAGCAGAAGGCAGAAGCUUUAAUUCGGUGUCUCCGGCAACCCAGAUCCGCAAGCAACGGGGCGAGGACAUCGGAUAUUCCAGAUUAAGAUGGGGAAACAAACGAAAAAGAGCAGAUAAUCUUCUCUUUUGGAAAAGGAAAACCUGCUGCUUGUGGUGUUGGGAGGUGUACAUACGUGUAACGAAGAGAACCAGAGAGUUUGUAAAAUAUUCCCUUUUUGCUGUACUUAGUGGAGGCCCGCUGCCAGUCUCCUGCUUCUGCUUUUCCUGAGGGAAAAUGGUUUCUCAACGACGGUCGAUUCAGACAGACGAUAUGACUGCGGUUUGCGAAUUGCGAUCGGGUUUGCCUUUGAGAAGUUUUGCAUUUAUCUUCUUGUGGUUGUUCGAGUCGUCCAUAUUUACUUAUUUUUAUUCUUGAUGCACCUUCUUUCUUUUUUUCUUAAAAAAAGAUGGAAAAAAGCAAGGGAAUUCAAUGGGUCUGAGGCCGAGGUCUUUUCUGUUCA